AUGCGGUCGCGCUUUCUCGUGCGCGCGGGUCUUCACUACCCAUCGCGCAAAUCAAAUGUGCGACGUCAGCGAGCCAUUCCAGCGACAACCCCGUUUCCAUGCGAAGAAUCUCUCUCAUCGGGCCGUAGUAAGCAGAUUCCUACUUCUGUACAUAAGCUGAGACCGGGAGAUAUAGAGGUGGUUGCAGCUAUAGGAGAUUCCCUUGUUGCUGGUAGUGGAGCGCUAGAAGAAUUCGCUCUUGGGGCUGUCGUGGAGUAUCGAGGAGUAUCUUGGUGUGCGGGUGGAGAUAAUACAUGGCGGGAGUUCCUUACGCUGCCAAACAUCCUCAAAGAGUACAACCCGAACUUGCGCGGGUACUCUACCGGUACAGGCGAAUGGUUGGCCAAGAAUUCCAGACUUAAUGUCGCUUUCCCAGUCGCCUCUGACCAAGAUGCUUAUAAGCAAGCGAAGAUUCUAGUAGCACGUAUUCGCUCAUCGCCCGAUAUCGACGUGUCGCGCGACUGGAAGAUGAUCACGGUGUUCAUCGGGGCCAACGACUUGUGCUCGGCUUCCUGUCUUUCCCCUGUGUCCUGGUCUCCCACGGCACACGCCAGGAAACUGGCGAGAGCGCUCGACUACUUCCAUGAACAUUUGCCGAGGACAAUCGUCAACUUGAUUCCUGUUUUAGGCAAGUUAAAGAAACAUACUUAA